AUGGCGGCGGUGGACAGCUUCCAGUUCCUGCUGCGGGAGAUGUCCCGCUGGUGCAGGUCUUACUGUGACACCCUGGCCCUGGUGGGGGCGGUGUACGCGGCCAGCAGGGCGGUGGUGCUGCUCAGGGGCUGCUGCUCCGUGGUCCGGGUCCACUUCCUGCCCCGGGUCCUGCCGAGCCAGAAGCUGACCCGCAGAUACGGAGACUGGGCCGUCAUCUACGGAGCGUCCGAGCCGGUGGCCGGAGCGUACGCAGAGGAGCUGGCCAAGAACGGUGUCAGCGUCAUCUUCGUCACUCAGGACCAGACGUCUGUCAGAGACGCCGCCGCCUGCCUCUCCCAGAGCUACGGAGUGGAAACUCUCGUCGUCCUCGCUGACUUCUCUCUGGACCAGGCAGCCAGCAGCGCUAUUAAAGAAGCCAUGAGGGGCAAAGACAUCGGCUUCCUGGUGACCUGUGUGGACGAGGCUCUCACUUCCUCCCAGAGCCUGAUUGAAAUUCCUGAGCAGAGCCUGUUGGACAUGGUGAAUAAGAAUGUGGCGGUGGCUACUCUGAUGGCCCGGCUGGUGCUGCCGGGGAUGGUGGAGCGCAGCAGAGGUGCUGUGGUCAAUAUAUCAUCGGGUGCCUGCUGCAGACCUCUGCCUGGACGAGUGGCCCUCACGGCCUCCACUGGCUACCUGGAUCAUUUCUCGAGAGCUCUGCACCUCGAGUACAGUGGCAAAGGGAUCUUUGUUCAAAGUCUGAUUCCCUUCCAGAUUGCCUCAAGCAAGCAACGACCAUCAACAUCGACUUCAUCGUGUGAAGGCUGGUUUGAGCCAGAUCCAGAAGUCUAUGCUCACCACGCCAUCUCCACCUUGGGCGUGUCGAGUCGGACCACAGGAUACUGGCCUCACACGCUGCAGUAUGGAUUGAUGAGGUGUGUUCCCGAGUGGAUCUGGGUUCUCGGAUCUCGUGUGCUCAUCAGUAUAAACUAGAUCUCCACUCCUCACUCAGACUCACUCACUGGACCUUUGCUGUUACUGGAGUCAUGUGGUUUUAUUUAAGUUUAUUAAAGAGUAGCUCUGUUUGAGGAGACUGUGAUUUUCGGGAAUCUCUCCUCUCGUUACUAUCAGUUACAAUCUGUGAUAAUCUGUGGUGGUAUAAAUAAAUAAGUGAGUGCACACAUAUUCUCUUAAAUACUGGACGGUGAUGUGAAAAAUGUGUAAAUUUACCAGAUAACCUGAUAAUAAAUGUAAUAAAUGUCUUUGCAGUGCACAGACUCGAGGUUGGUUUGAGUUGAACUUGAACUUUUAUUCUUUUAUUCUUGUCCUAAUUCCCAACAGUGCCAGAGGACAACACUCUGACACACUAUGUUUUCGUGCCAGGACUUUAAAGGCAAAAGACCCACUGGACUGUUAGAUAAGAGGUUAUUUCAAAUAUCAAAUCUGAUUGUAGAAUUGAUUUAUUUAUUUUUGUGAGUAUGAACAAGUCGCACAUUGAAACACUCCUACAUUCUAAAAAGUUUAAACUCUAUUAAUGAUAAGUAAGUUAAUGCACGAUCAAAGGUACAAUGGAAAGUGUUGGACAAGAAGAACAGGCCAGCUCAGCAAUAAGUUGUAUAUUCAUAUAUGUUUACAUUAAAGAUCUUCUUCUGAA